AUGGGGAGGUCUCCCUGCUGCGACAAGGCGAGCGUGAAGCGAGGGCCGUGGUCGCGGGAGGAGGACGCCAUCCUCAGGAACUUCGUCCAGAGGUUCGCCAAUGCCGGCAACUGGAUCACGCUGCCACAGAAAGCAGGGCUUAACCGAUGUGGUAAGAGCUGCCGGCUGCGGUGGCUCAACUACCUCCGCCCCGCGCUCCGGCAUGGCGGCUUCACCGAGGAGGAGGACAGCCUCAUAUUGUCCCUCUACGGCGACAUCGGAAGCAGGUGGUCGGUCAUCGCGGCCAAGCUCCCCGGCCGAACAGACAACGAUGUCAAGAACCACUGGAACACCAAGCUCAAGAAGAGGUACUACUCGCUGACCGCGGCGCCAUCAACUCCCCCUACAGGCGGCGACGCCAUCGCGUCCGCGGACAGCCCUCACGGGGUCGACCAAUCGUCCCUCCCCCCUCCUGCUCCUGCCCUGGUAAAUCUCGACGCGGCCCUCGCCACGGUCGACGACGGCGGAGAGCUCACGCACGAAUCGGAGCAGCUGUACGCCGAGCUCAUGGGGCUCAUCGAGCCGCAGUCCACGACCCAUACGUCCACCGGGGAGGUGAUGUCGUCGCCGUCAUCGUCAUCGCAGCCACCGUUUGGAGCAAGUCCGACCGUCAGUAGUUUUGCAGCGGGGAGCAGCGCUACGUGGCCAGUGGACGUGCAUGACACAAUACUGUGGCCGGAGUCUAGCGGGAACGGCAUGCGGUGGACUAGCAAGGAGAAGGAGUAG